AUGACGUCCACAUUUUUAGCACAAAAUGAUGACAACAUCUCUCUCAUAAAGAAAGAUGAGAGUUUUCUUCAGAGAAGUUUUGGUAAGAGAAACCUUCAUGGUGAAGAUGAACUUCGAUCUCCACAACUCCAGGAGAAUGAUGGAAACAAGGAGACAAAAGAUGUCCAUGAGGACUCUCAAGUAACAGACAGCUCUUCUACCUUCAAAGUAAAAAAAUUUAAAGUACAUACUGAAUGCCAAAAUACAAUUCCUCCACUGGAAGAAGUGGAAAGGAACACACAGGAUGCCUUUCAGAGCUGGUACAAGAUCACAAUUCCAUGUGGGAGAAAGUAUGAAAAGAUGUGGAUACUAAACUUACUCCAGAGUCAUUGCAGUAUGCCCAUCUUUCCAACUGAUUUUCAGUACAUCAGAAGGAAGGCACAGUUCUUUGUUCAAGAUUCUAGAACUGCCUCUGAAUUGAGGAGCAUGAACAGCCAGAUAUAUGAUGAGGAAAAUAAAAAGAUACCUAUCUUUGUGAAUGCAUCUCCUGAGCCUGUAUCUGUGCAAUAUAUGUUCACAGACAAACAAAUGCAGAAGCUAAAGAUGGUCAUGAAGAAACGAUAUGAUGUCUCCCAGAAAGCUCUGGACCUCAGAAAGCUUCGCUUUGACCCAGGCUUCAGAAAUCAUAAUGUUGACGUAUUUCUGAAUCGAAGAAGCUGCAUGGUCGCCACUCUUGAGAUCAUCGAAAAGAAUUUCCCUAAGCUGCUAUCCUUGAACUUGCAGAACAACAAAAUACACUGGCUAGAUGCCCUGUCAGACCUAAUAGAGAAGGCACCCAGAGUCAAGAGCCUGAACCUUUCAAAAAAUGAGCUGAAGUCAGUAUGGGAGUUGGAGAAAAUGAAAGGACUGAAGCUGGAAGAGCUGUGGUUAGAAGCGAAUCCUUUAUGCAGCACCUUUCCCAAUCAAUCUGCCUAUGUAAAUGCUGUCCUGAAGUGUUUCCCCGGGUUAUUAUGCCUGGAUGGCCGGGAAUUAGUUCCAACAUUUUACACUGGCACUGACACGCUGGAAGUAAUAAAACCCUGUAUGGAAAGCUAUAAAGGAUCUGAGACUCUGAAGAGUCUGAUCGUGCAGUUUAUGCUUCAGAAAAACUUGGAAGCAUACCUCAAGGAUAGUAGGAACAUGAAGAGGAUCAAGGACCCCUUUCUGCGGAUGCAGCUGCUGAAGUACACAAAACAUAAUAUUGUGGCCAGCCUCCAGGAAUUGCCUCAAACUCUGCAUGAUUUCAACUCCUUUGUAAUUGACAUUUGUUUCCAGACUGAAAGGAUGAUCUGCUUCACUGUCAAUGGAGUGUUCAAGGAAUUGGAAGGAAAGUUUAAGGGAUGUAUUCAUGCCUUCACCCGGACAUUCAUCUUAGCUUCUGACAACUAUUCCAGUUUGUGCAUCGUGAAUGAUAAGAUGACUGUGAGGAAUGCCAGCCCCAGAGAAAUCAAGAAUGCUUUCUCCAUCCCAAUGCUCACAAAGUUCUCCAGCUCUCAAGGCACCUUUACCAAGAGUAAGAGGAAAAAGAUGAAGGAUUCCUCCACCCAGACUAAGAUACCGUCUGCCAGUAGACCUGCUGCAGGGCUUAUCAACCUUGGAAACAAAGAAGGGAGAAGAGAAUUACGUCAGAUCAUCGUAGGUCAGUAUGAAUGUGGGGAAUCCUGGAGCAGAACGGCAGGAUGGAAUAGUAGAGAUUUGGCUCCAGCAGAGGUCAAAGCCAGCCUUGGGAUUCCUCAGUCUCUCAUGUCCCUGUAG